UGGUGGUGGUGGGGGACGGAGGGAAGAGGGAAAACGCCGCACCGUUUCUGCGGGGACACGGAGCCGCCUCUCUCUCUCCCCCUCCCCCAAAUUCCUCGGAACCCAAGAAGUAAGAACCCCCAUGAUGAUGAUCCGUACCAUCUUCCCUUAACCACGGUUAACCCCUCACCUAACCACGGUUAACCCUCCCCCUCCUUCUCUCCCUAUCUCUCUCUAAUAUCUACCCUUCUUGAGCAAGCCUUUGCUCGAAAAAUUCCCCCAUAGCCAUCCUCUCUGUACCUCUCUGUUUCUGUAUCUCCGUGUCUCUGUCUCUCUCUGUUUCUCUGUCGUUCUGAGUAGCGGUCGAGUUGAGUGGAUGAUAAGAGGAUGAGCUGCAAUGGAUGCCGGGUCCUCCGCAAGGGCUGCAGUGACACCUGCAUGCUCCGGCAGUGCCUCCAGCUCAUCGACUCCCCCCAGGCCCAGGCCCACGCCACCCUCUUCGUCGCCAAGUUCUUCGGCCGCGCCGCCCUCAUGUCCUUCGUCUCCGCCGUCCCCGCCUCCCACCGCCCCGCUCUGUUUCAGUCUCUGCUGUUCGAAGCGGUGGGGAGGACGGUGAACCCCGUGGGAGGGGCGGUGGGGCUGAUCUGGGCCGGCAACUGGCGGCUCUGCGAGGCGGCGGUCGACACGGUGCUCCGCGGCGGCGCGCCGCACGCGCUCCUCGAGCCCGCGGACGCCGUCCCGUCGUUCGAGCUCGACCGGAGCUCGGUGUCGGAGGCGGACCACUUUAGGCCUCGGAGCCCACCAUCGCCGCCGCCGCCGCCGCCGCCGCCGCCGCGGCAUCCGCAGCCGCCUCGGGACGAGCCCACGAAGGCCGGAGAGGAUCGCCUCGACCUGUCCCUGAUGUCUCCCGACUUGCAGCGGCGGCGGCGGCGGCGGCGGCCGGCGACCCCAUCGGAGGAGGGGGAGGAGUCGGAGACGACGACGGCAACGUGGCGGAGCGGGUCGUCGGAGGGUGGGUGGCCGAGGCAGGACGCGAAGCUCCUGAGACUGUUCGUGUGACCGGAGAGGUGCACCGGCGAACGGAACAGCCGGUGGAUUUUGAGGAAGCGGCUUUUCUUUUUUUAAUUUAUUUUUAAUUUGAGUUUCUUUUUUCUGUCUGUGAAGGAUUUUAAUCCGUCCGAUCGGAUCCAACCAGAGAAUGAGAUGGUAUCCGACGGUCCGUGUUGGCCAUGACAUGAGGAUACGAACAUUAAAUGCAAUUUAAUUCUGUGUUUGGGGAAAUAUAGCGCAUGGUAUUUCUGCUCUUUCCCAACAAAUGAGAUUUUUUGGAGGGUUCUCUCUGUAAAUCACUACUUUCUAUUCGAAUUGCAUUUUUUUCCCUUAAUAAA